AACGUAGUUCAUCGGACGAAGACGGAAAAUCACAAUAAAUCAAAGUUACGGACCAUCGAUCAGUGGUGAUUUUGUGGCGUAAAAACCUGGAACGCGGAGUUGACAUUGCUACAACGACCGAUCUAUCAUAUUCUGCAAGCGGACCAUCGAUUUUAUCACAAUACACAGUAAGUAAUAUAAUAAUGGGUUAUAGAUUAGUCGGUGUGUUUAUUUCUCACACUGUAAAUAUAAUUUCGGAGAAGGUAUCAUUUGUGGUUGGCACUUUUUUUUUCGUUACAUUUCCGGUCAAUUAACCCAUUUAGCUAUAAGCAAAAAGGGCACAUUCAUAAAUAUUCUAAUUUUUCAAGAGAGACAUUCGCACUCCUUAAGCGCCUAAAAUUUAGUAAUAUUUCAUUAAAUUACUGUAGAAACUGUAGAUGAUAUCGAACACGGUAAUUUUAUUUGUUAACAUAAAAUUUAUUUUUCAAUUUUUUUAUCCUUGUGAUGAAACAUUUAAAGUUUGAACAUAUGUAGGUCAUAUUUGCGAUCGAUACAUUAAAUUGACCGUGAAUGAAACAAACGAAGAAGAUAUUGACCGCAAACGUACGAACCCGUAGACCAGUAGUCGACUAGUCAGUCGGCCAAGUUUUAAAUUCAAAGCGGAGCAAAAAAUCUAUUGGUUCUACUACGAUUUGUGUAUUAGAUUCGGAGCGUAGCGAGGAAUCUAUUGGUGUUAAUAUGGUGUGUGGUUUUUUUUCUGUCUGUAAACAACUUUUCGAAAAAAAAAAACUUGCACCGAUGUAUGAAGUGUAACACCUUUUCUGAAAGGAAAAUGUAUUUAGUUGGUACAUUAGAGAGGUCAUUUUUUUUAUUAUCCAAGUAGUUUUCAUAAUAAUUGGGAAAACCAGAAAAAUACGCAAAAUGAAAAAUGAACAAAUUUCCGGCGUAAAAUUUCAUUAUUUCAAAUUAGUGUGUACAAUGUAUUUCUGUUACCAGAAAUAUUGUAUUUUUAAUCUAGUUGAUUGAUAAAAAAAUAACCUAGAAAUGAUGGGAAAAUUUACAAAAAUACGUUCAUUUUCCCCUAAAUUCAUAAAUUUUAAACAUUAUUAAGCUUAGUUAGGUUUUCAUGCUUUUUUCAAUUUUGUUUUUAUCAUAAUUCAGUUGAAAAUAUUCAUGAAGACUUGAAAUUUUGACAGAAAACUAAUAUUUGGUUUUUCUAGACACGGUAAAAUUUUUAAAACUUUUGAGCCACUUUUUUAAGUAUUUAUAAACAUUUUAAUUUUACGAGUUUUUUACGUCUUUUUAAUUUGGUAUGUACUUGCAUGUGGAUACAAUUGUUUGAAAAUUUAACAGAAGGUUCAUUAAGAACUGUACUUGGUGAUAAAAAAAUAAAUAGUUGAGUGGUUUGUAGUAUUAUUCUUUAUAAAAGUUUUAAUGCCAAAUUUUGACGAAAAUCGUAAAUACUACGGCUUUUCAAAACAUGUGUUACAGAAUUUCGCUUCAAAUCGUUUUUGUUAGCAAUAGUUUAUCGUUGAUACUAACAAAUAUAAAUUAAAUAACUUUAUGUAUCCUACCUUCUUAAUUUCCCCCCUAUAGCAAUAGCACACCCAUCCCAAGUAUUAUCUUUUUUUCGGGUGAGUUUUCGAAAUUUUUACUUUGUUUACGUUUACCGUUGGCAGCCGCACUUAGAUUUUAGUCAAUAAGCAAAGGUAAGUAAGUACAUUUUUUAAUUUUAUGAUAUUUUGCCAGACAUUUUUCAAGUACUUAAAUUUAGUAAUGAAAGUAAUUUUUUACAUUCAUUGUUUCAUUUUCAUAAAUAUACUUAUUUCAUUAUUACUAUUAGGUUAAUAUUAACCUAACCUAACUAUCUAUCUCAGCUAUCCAUCGCAGAAAUCGUCCAAUUUGUAGGUCUACCUCUUAAAGAGUCAAUAUUUUUUCACUUUCUUCCCUUUUAAUCCAACCUUUCUUGAGGUCUUUUCCCUAUUGGGUUCUGUUCCAGCAUUACCCACAUAUAGUAUUAAUUUUCGACUAUUUUAUACCGUAGAAUAAUAACGUGCCAUGUUGUAACGUACAAUCUUGAAAAUUAAUUUUCCCUCACAUUUCAAAACUUAUAAUAUUUUACGAUUCUAAAGGAUUUAUAAAGUUCAUAUUAUAUAAAAUAUAUCAUAUUGAACGACAUUUUCUUCGGAAUUCGAUUAUAGAAUCUUAUAGUAUAUAAACAAAUUUUAAUCCGGUCACUUUUUACUUUUUAGUACCCAAUACCUAUAUAUAAUAAUAUAUAUUUUAAUAGAACCGGAUUUUUAUGGAUUUACAUCCUAGCUAUUAUAUUAUUUAGUUAUUAAAAUCAAGUGACUUUCCUCUUUAAUGCUCAUGGUUUUAAUUCCUUUUUCCGUAACGUUUUACGUUAUAAUUUUGUAUUUACCUAUAAUGUAGUCCUGAAGUACAUGAUGAGUACAAUUAUUUUUAUUAAGUAUAAUGCAUAAAAUUGUAUAAUUAGAGAGUAGAAUAAAUUUAAUAUUAAAAUAUAAUAAUAUAAUAUUAUUAUUUUGAAUAUGUUUUACCUAACAUAAACAAUGUAUAGUACUUUUAUUUAUACUCAAAUUUUAAAGACUAUAUGCACUGUAUAUAGAAUUAAUAUUUUCAGUCUUUAGAAGUGCGUAUACUUACACGAUUUCUCUUGGGAAAUUUUAAAGUUAUCGGUCGCUGUAUACAGUACACUUUUUACUAUACUGACAUGGAAAAGGUAAAAAUAAAUCAUAUUCAAUUGAGCGCCAAACUGGAGGGGAGGAUUUAAGUAUUAUUUUAUCCCCUUAUUCGUGACCUUUUUUGUAUAAACAUAAAACAAACAAUAAUAGGACGUUUACAAAUCGACGAAUAAAAAAUACCGAAUUAGACUAACCCAAAGAGAAAGUGAAUCUAAAGUCUAUCAUUUUACUCGUAUAUAGGUAUAUCUUAUUAUACAGAAUGUCCCACGAUGAUCUCGCAUUUAAAAUAACUUUUGUAUUAUUAAAUAUUAGAUUCUAAGCAAACAAAGGAAUGUAUUAGUCAUACAAUUAUGUUUUUUAUACUGUACAAAAAAUCUACCAGAACUCUUGCUCUCAUUUUCAAGUGUAGCAUAUUUUCUGAAAGGUAAUUUUUUGAUUUUUUAAGCAGUUUUCAGAAUAGUUGGGAAAAACCGGGAAAAAACUUAAGAAAAACAGACAAAUUUACCUUUGCUUUUAUUUUAUUUUUUUUUCAUUGCAAUUUAGUUUAAAAUAUUCGUAGAGACUUGAAAUUUUAAAAGAAAUAUGUUGCCUUUUAUAAACGUAGUAAAAUUUUCAAAACAUUUGAGACUUUUUUGAGCUAUUUAUAGACAUUUUAUUUUGCGAGUUUUUUUAUGUAAUAUUUCAUAGGUUAAAAUUGGGUGACCAAAACAGAAAUUUAACAAGAUGAUCAUUCAAGUUGUUCUUAUAGUGUUCUUAGUUCUAAAUAUUCAUUAAAUUAUAAAAAUAUUAGUAAUGAGCAUUUGAAUAUCAAUAAUUAGAAUACUAAUAAAAACCAUCAAUAAUAAUAAUAAUCAUUAACAAAUAUCAUAAUCAGUAUUUUAAUAAAAUAAUCAACAAUAAUCAUAGUAUUAAUAAUAAGCAUAAUACUAAUAAUUAUAAAAAUAAUAAUAAUAAUAAUGAGCACUUUAUAAAUCAUAAUCAUAAUCAGCAUUUUAAUAAUAAUAAUCAAAUCAGCAUCAUAGUAAUCAUCAAUACUUUUAAUAAAAAUAAUGAAAUUGUUAUCAGUAAUAUUAUAGGUAAUUUUUUUGGUGAUUAAUACGCUGUUAUUGAAAUGAUCAUCGUUUUCAUUAUUACCCAUUAUGCUUCUCAUUAAAAUGCUGAUUAAGAUUAUGAUUUGUAAAGCGUUCAUUAUUAUUGUUAUUAUUAUGCUCAUUAUUAUUACCCUUAAUAAAAUUAUAGUUAUAAUUAUUGUUGGAUAUUUUAUUAAAAUGCUGGUUAUGAUAUUUGUUAAUGAUUAUUAUUAUUAUGAUUGAUAAUUGUUAUUAGUAUGAUGAUUAUUGUUGUCCAAUUUAUUGAGACAACUUCUGGGAUAUCAAAAAAUAACCUGCCUAAAUACCACCUUAGGAAAAUUCCCUUUUAGAAAAUUUGGUACACUUGAUACUUCGGAGCAAUAUUUCUGUCAUGAUUUUUCUACGCUGUAUAAAAAAAUUGUAAAACCAAUACAUUCCUUACUCCACUCAGAAUCAUAAAAAAGAGUAGAAAUCUUACUAUAGGCUAAUAUUUGUUUAAUAUUGUACCGAUAACAAUAUAAUAUUCAUUUUGUAUUGCAUAAUAACUUCUAAUAAUAUGAUGUGUUGUUGCACAACUAUUGUUUUUUUUUAAAAAAUCUAGUGUCUACCUUAACAUUUUCGCUAAGGGGUCCACACGGCUGGGACCCGGUCGAACAUGCCCAGAUUACCCGGGUGUUAGAUCCACCACUGGUAGGACAUCCUGUUUAGUCGGACAGUUCGUUAACUCAACGAAUCGAGGGGACCGAAGAAGAAAUUCGAGUAAUUCGAGAAGUUUUCGUUUACAAUCUACGACAAAACACAAUUUUUUCAUUUGUUUUAUUACACGAUUUUAUAAUAUAUACAGUUUUUUGCAGUGAUAUACGAACCGGCCUCGAUGGUAACUGAAAAACCUAUAUUAUGACAAAUUUCGUUAUUAAUAAUAACAAAAAUAUAUUUUAUAUGUACGUAUAUUUCCCACAAAUGUACACGAUUUCACCAUAACCCUUUAAAUACCAAUGAGUUAUGACAAUGUUUAUAUAAUAUAUACUUAUACUAUACACGUAGUAAUCAAUAUUUUUCGUAAAAAUGAGAUACCUAGUUAAUAUAAUGUCAUCCGGGUACCGAAAUAUCCGAUGCAUCAACUAAGUCGGGUUCGAAAAUUUGACCAUGGUUCUAGCGACUGCAAUAUAAAAUGUUAAAGUAUACCUCCUACAAGGCUACGAUGGAUUCUGAAACUUUUAAUCGCAUUACCUAUUAAACGGUUAGAUCAAUCGAAUAUUUUACCUGAUAUCAUUUUCCUAUACUGCAGCCUGUUUUUGUGUUACUUACACAUAUUAUAAGUUAUUGAUCAUUGUACAAUUUUUUCCACAAAUAGAGACUAUUAAAUUGUAAUGUGUCUAUGUGUUUAGAUAAACAAACGGUAAAAAGAUUUUUACCAUUACUUUGGGCACUUUAAGGACCUUUGGACCAAAUGAGAUCAAACUCAGGAAUUAGAGUUUUUUUAUAGGCAAAUUAAAGUUCUAGAAUUAUAGUUAAAUUUCAAUAUAAAUUUAAUCGUGUUUUGUGAUAGAAAGAGUGUAUUAUUUUUUUUUUGUACACUCCUUUCAGAACCUUCCAAUGAAGUCAGCGGAAUUUUUGUAUAUGCAUAACAUCAAUAUCGAUUAUAUACCUUUGGAGGUUUCAACUUUCAACCUUCUCCUCUCCAUACCAUUUUCACGAUGAUUUUCCUAAAGUUUUUUUAUUUUUUUGGAAAUAGCAUAUUUCUAAGUAGUAUCUAAAGUAUUGUAUUAAUAUAAUUUUUAGUUACUUAUGGUUUAACAAAUAAUAUUAUUAUGGUACAAGUUAGGGGAAAACUCGACUUGAAUGAUGAAAUUCUGCUGUUUAUGGGUGUUUUUUACUCCGCAGUGAGCGAUGUUCGUUUAUUACUUACAAAUUUUAACUGUUGAAUAUAUAAUAAUUAUCUCUGCGCGUUAAAAAAUAAAACCAACUCUACACGAACUAUCGAGAGGACUGUAACUUCGAGUCAUUCAGCCUGGAGACAUUAGAACGGAACGCGUAUAUUUACGGGGACUUGAAGAAAGUUCGUUUUCGAUUAUGGUAUGCGAAUGCAUACCUUGUCAUCACCCCUCACCUUGUCAUCACCUCGCUCUCCCACCCGAAAAUAACACCUUUUUCGUCGAAAAUAUCGACCCAUUCCCGGCACUUCUGUCGUGAUUUUAACGAAAUUUUAUGGAAAUAGAUCAAUUCGAUAGAAUAUUCACUGUUCAAAUGCAUAUAUACUAGUGAUAUAUUAUAUGCAUAUAUACUAGUAAUCCCGCGUGCUGUCACGGAUAUUUUUUUAAAUUUAUAAUCGUGACAUUUCUUCAAAAACGUAAAAAAUAUUUUAAAAAACUGCGAUGUUUCGUAUAAUAAAUAUCAUUUUCUACUAAUUUUAUUGUUUCAACUGUAAAACAAUUUUUCAAUGACUUUUCGUUUAUUUUAUUGCAUCCGAAUUGAACUUGAACAACAAAAUGUCGAGUUCGACUUUCAAACAUUGUGGUUGGAUUUUGCGUGAUACCAUUAAUUCAGUUCGUGUUACUGAGAACUUUGAUUCGUGGUUGUGCCCUGUCGUUUUACAUAACGUACAUAUACAUUAUGUCGUUACUAUAUAAUAAUAUAUAACAAUAUGUUGUUGUUCCGAGCGCGUAAAACAGCAACAGUAUACUUUCGACCGAUAAAGAGGGGACGUCCAUGGGUCACGGUAAGCCGACCGUGUGCUCGCGAAUCCAAGACCAAGACCAAGACGACAGUCGACAGUGCAUCCGCAGCAGCCCGUCCGUCCGUAGUCCGUCCGUUAUGUCGCUCACGUACUGCCGCAGUCCUGACGUACACAUCACGCCGCCGCAAUGACCACCGAACGCAAGGUCACUGGAACUGCCGCCGAAGGUGGUGCCCCGAAGACGCCGUCUCCGCCUACGAUACGGCCUCCGUCGCCCCUGGCUGCAGCUGCGGCCGCGGCCGCGGUAAUAGCUGCUAACCGGACGUCUCCGCGGCCACCGAAUCUUAUGACAAGCCGGCUGACCCCGCGGUCGUCUGACGGCGUCUUCUCCGAACGGCGGACGACCGAACGCAUCCGCCGGGACGUCGUCGACAAAACGGCUAACGAUGACCGCGUUCAACGGGGCGUCGAAAACAGAAGGACGGCCGCCACCGGCUCGACACCACAGGGCACCGUAGGACGCGAAAAUUGGAGGUUGGCACCGCAUUACGGUGACUGCAGCAAUCCCGCAGUUUCGGAUGAGUGCCGUAACGCCAACGGCGCAGGUGGGUCAACCGGUACCGAUUCUUUUUGUCAGUAUUGCGCCGCUGCAAAUCAGAACAUUAAUUUAAGUUAGGGACACCUCCCGUCGGAUAUAUUAACCAACCAGACUAAUUAUUUUAAAAAUAAUAUAUUUGGAUUUUGUUUUUAUACUUAUGAUAAACAUUAGUAAAGCCAAAUGUUUAAAAACGAAUUUCUAAACUCAAAAUGCCAAAAAUUAAAACUUUGAGAUUCUGAUGGUCGUUGCACUGAAAAAAAAUUAUAGUUUGCUAAAUACUGUCGUCUACACUCGCAAAAUAAUAUAAGUGCACAAACAGAGGAAAUUGAGCAUAUUAUAAAAAUACAUUUGGCUACUCGUUCAAGUACUAAAGCUAUUUUAUAUUUGGAUUCAAUUAUUGAGUUCUUCGAAAUUAUUCUGGUUUUAAAAAAUUGAAUACGUAUUUACAUCAAAAUAACGACCGCGGCUAAUUUUGCUAACUAUACUUUAUUCUCGGAAAACUGGUUAUAAAGCUAUUACAGACAUUUAUUAUACUAUCCAGUCAGUAGAAGAGGAGAGGGAGCGAGCGAACAAACGGACGAUUUUAUUAAUGUUUGAAAACGAUAAAAAUAUGUAUUUUAGCGUUUCUAAAUCGAAAGUUACAAUGCAUUAAAUAAAUAUUUUACUACCGCAGUGUCCUAUAUGUCCUAUAGAAUUACUACACAUACGGAAUUAUGGUUUUAACCUUCAAACGGACCAAAUAUUCAAGUCCGGAUUAAAGGUCCUGUGAGCCCCUGGGGCAGAUUUGAAAUCGAACUCUCGUAUAAUAUGAAGGGCACGGAAAUUUGAGUAGAUACUACAAAAUAUUUUUAUAUGAAUUAAAAAUGAUAUAACGGUCCUUUAUCGUUGGGUCCAGGAAUCGUGUAAUCCCUUAAUUUGAGCUUGCAAAUAUUAUAUUUAAGAUAUUUGUAUGAUAGAAAUAUUAAUAUAAAGAAAAAUAUAUUAUCUCUGCAGAAGUAUGGAUCGAUAAAACAUUUAAAAACGGCAAACGAAACUGUUUACCCAAUUUAUUAAAUUAUCUGCAAGACCCAGAUCCAGGUACUUACGGAUCCAGGUACUCAUUAAUUUAGGAAAAGACAGAAAUUUAUACAUUGCAUGUGUCUCUACACAUAAUAAUUUUGCCUUCCCUGCAAUACAUUAAUUAAUAACUUGCAAUGUUCCUGUAAAACUAUAUUAUUAAGGACGGUUAUGAUGGUUUGCCAACAAUUGGACAUGGGCAUUAGACAUAAGCACGCGGAACUGUUAUAAACGUCUGAAACAUCGAAAACCGAUCGCCUGUAUCGACUGAUUCGUUAUCGCCGCGUAAUCGUUCGAAUGCGUAAUAUUAUUAAAUAAGUCGCUGAUGAUUAAAUAAUAAUCUUUGGCGACUAAUCGUGAUUUGUAAACUCUGGUCGUAUUUAUCGGAUCCGGAUCGAGAAUCCAAAUACACGUUUAUAACACAUCUGUCAGAACACAUUUUAUGAGAUUUUUACCUGCAACAGUGUAACUAAAAACUUAAGUCUAGAUGUCUAACCAUCAAGUACAUCACGGACAUAUCAUAAUCAACAUUAGUAUCUAUUUUAACUUGUACAGUUAAUUCGAUUGCAUUUUGCAGCUAGAGGUCAUAACAGUAUUAUAAGUAUAAUAUCAUAAAUAUUGCACGAUGAAAUGUUAAAUUUCAGUGUUCGGAUUUAUUUAGAUUACUAUUUAAUAUUUUGUUUAGAUAAAUCAUUUCAAAUUAUUUAAAUAUUUAUCUCUAGAUAAAUAUUUCACUUAUCAAGAUUAAUUAUUUCAGUUAAUUAUUUUUUUUUAUGAAAAAUUUUAAAUAACCGUAAUUAGUGUGCAAACGAAAACUUUUAAAUUUUAAUUUGUAUUAUUUUUCAUUGAGUCUUGUAAUAUCAUUGAUUAUACAUGAUAUGGUAUUAAUGAGUUAAUAAAUAAGUUAUGUUGUUAAAAUAAGUUUAUUUUGAGUAGGUACUUAACUAUGGCAGAUUCUUGUUUAUUCUUCAGUGAUAUCAAUUUUAUUAACUCAAUUUCAAUAGUUACAUACAGUAACCAAGUUAAAUGUACAUACUAUAUACUUAACGAUGACACGGUUAAACAUAAACAAAUUUGUUAGAUUAGAUAAAAUUAAAGUUAAUUUAUUUCAACAGUUAACAUAUAACAUAGAUGAACAUCAAACUAACAUUUUACAAUUAACCUUUAAUUUUGAGUUAAUUAGUCUUUAUUAACUUUUUUAAAAUCCAUACAUUUACCCAGUUAGUAUUAACUGUGUGUUACAACAGAAAAAAAAAAUAUUUUUUUUAUCUAGAUAAAAUUAUAUUCAUACUAGACAAAUUGUAAUUUUUCAUAUUUUAUUUUCAUCUGAAUAAAUAUUCAUGAAUUAUCGUUUAUCUCUAUCCACAUAAAUAUUUAGUUACCUAUUCUAAACACUGAUUAUACCCCACUAUUUAAAAAUACGCUACGAAUGUAAAGGUGUAGCAUCUCAGAGCGAUCCCGCAAGGAUGGAUCGUUAAUCUUUUUUUUUACAUCGUUGUCCUAGUAAAAUGUAGUAUAAAUUAUAAUACUACUUUUGAAAACGAUGGAAUUCUUUUUAUCGUUUAAAAACAACACUGCAUGUUAUUAUUUCCCCUUUUCACGCCGAAUCGAUUUUCUGUCACUUCUAAUAUACCAACGUAUUCCUUCGUAAAAACUAUUGUAGACUCGGUCAUCAUCAUUUACCGAGUCGAACAAAAUCGAUAUAAUUUUGUCAAAACACGAUUAAAUAUUAUAAAUUUAUAAAUAUUAUUAUGAUAUACUUGCCGUGGUUUAUUAUUUCUUAUUUUGGUCAUCAACUUUUUGAUUAGUACCAAGUUGAGUUCACCUCUCCGUAUGCUUCUCUACUAAUACUCUAUCCUUUAAAUAUCGAUAACAAUUCGUACCCGUGUCCUCUGCGGGUUUACUCCAUUAUAAGUUUUCUUUUUCCUAUUUUACUAUUUACUUUCAAUAAUCAUAUUAUUACCCUUUCUCUUUUUUAAUAAUUUACCAAAGUUGUCUUUUUUCCUUAAUGCUUCUUUAAAUUUGUUCAUUCAUUACUCUAUCACACCAUUGUAAUUUUUAUGUAACAUAAAUAUAAUAUAAUGGUUUUAUAAAAUCGUGAGUGUUUUCAGUUCACCAUAAAUAGAAAUCGCUAGACUUUUUACCAAUCUGAUGGACAAUUAUUUAGUCGAAAACCAUUACGAACCGUAUUAUUUCAUUUUAUUAUAUUCGAUGAGAGAAACAACACCUAAUGAUUAGUCGGUUUAUUGCUUUUUUUUAUUUUACGACACGAUUUAAUAUAGUUAAAAGACGUAGUAUUGUAGUAAAAGCUGUUGUAAUGACCUAAUAAUAAUUCCAGUAUAGACUUGAAAGAAAAAAAUACCACAAUGUACCUAUUACCUGAAAUUGUGUGUAGUACUUGGUUAUUACAUUUUAAAAUUCCAUAGCUUUCAGAAUAUACAACACUAUUAUUUUAUUUUAUUUAUAAAUAAUCGAUUUUUUAAUAAAAAUUUGAAUUCGCUUUCGGAACUUUUUAAUUUUUCAGAAUCUAUUAUCGGAUAAUUUAGCUUUUUGUAAAAAUGUGAAAAGAUAUAAGACGUUUUUGAGUUUUUUUAUGCAAUACCUUCGAAUUUUUUCUCGAUUAUUUAUAAACGUAUUAAACCAUCACUUGCCGCCGUCAAAACGUUUGCAGCCGUUAUCGUCACUACUUAACGGAAAAUAAUUAUUUCCCGUCCAUUAUAAUAUUUUCAAAAUGCUCUCUUUCUACUGUAUAUUUUAAUCAUUUUGAAUCUGAAAUGCAUACAGACAGGUGAAAAUUGACAGGAUUACUGUAGUAUAACACAAGAUUCAUUAUCAUAUAACUAAGAGCUAUAUGAAUUGUAUUAAAUGGGUAGGUAUAUAAUAUUAUAGUAAUAGAUUCUCUUUUCGUUUACAUUAUUUAUCACUAAAACUUGAUCUCGUUUUCGGGGGUUUUUCAUAUUACACCCACCAUUGUGUUAUCUUCCAUUUAUUCAGAAUUAUUUCACUCGCGAUUUGUUUUUAACGCGACUAUAUUUUUUUCAUUAAUUAUAUUUAAAAUAAAAUCCUUUUAGAGCUUUUUUGUACUUUGUCUUCUCUUGUAUGUAUAAAAGAUAUAUAUCUUUUACUCUCAUUGACUUAUUUUUUUUCGAAUAAAACUCUGGAUGUGGUUUAUCUUCUGAAUAUUUUAUCAAAUAUACAAUUUAUUUAUCCCUUUGAGACAUUGUGGUAUUAUAGUGAAACCAUUUAUUUAUUUUUUUAAUUUAAUGCUAAAUUUUCAAAUUUUCAAAUAUAAAAUGAAUAUGGGCCUCUAUGGGCUAUAUUAUUAAACCAUAAUAACUCGAUUGACAUAAAGCAUAUGUAGUUAUAAAAAUAUAAUUCAAGAAUUUUUGUCGAAUUUUCGCCGAAAAUCAAAACUAUUCCACUGUGUUGUGUCAGGUCUGAGGUAUCAGGGUGUUUCAUAAAGAUAUCUCCUUAGAUAAUAAAGAUAAUAAAAUUAUGGUUUUUUUUUUAUAUAUAACUCACAGGGAUAUUUUUAUUUCAAUUAAUUUUGUAUGCUUUGGUAAAAAUUUAAAAAAAUAACAUUCUGUCUAAUUAUUUUUGACAAGUUUGAAUAUAGCCAUUUUAUAGAGUUCAUCCUUCUAAAAAUGUUGACGUAUCAACUUUUUAUUAAAUUGGUGAUUUUUAAUCAUUUUUUUAAGUUCGGAGAAAAAAUUGCGCAGUCAAUUAGUUUUAAUAAUAAUCAAACAGCGAAUUCACUUAUGGCCUGCCACAUUUUAGGCAUUUUCGUCUAAAACUUUAAAAAAUUAUUAAAAAUCACGGAUUUAAUGAAAAUAAAAAGUUAAUACGUCAAAAUUUUCAAAAUAAUAAACUUUUAAAAUAAUUAUCUUUAAAUUUUUCAAAAGUAAUAAAAUACAAAUUUAGGUUUUUAUCAAAACAUAAUAAUUUAAUUCAAAUAAAAAUAAUUGUAGUCCUUAUCCUCGCAAGUAAUAUUGGAAAAAAAACGGACUUGAAUCAUUUUUAUUAUUUUAGGAGAUAUUUUAAUGGGUAUAUCUUCGUGGGAUAUCCUAUUAUUUUUUCUACUAAUUUUGGAUACUUUUAACGGAUCCUUCUGGACCAAAUUAUUUUGGAAAUUUGUUGUUUUGUAGGCAGAAUAAAGUAACAAAAUUUUAGUUGAAUUAAAAUGUCACCAUGCUAUUGCAUGAGGGCGGUACUUUUUAGCCCCCAAAUGAAUCCAGGGCGAUGCAAUUUUUAUAUGUGCAUACUGUAAGUAUUUGGGGUUUUCAACUUUCAAUACUCUUUCAAAAUAUUUGUUUGCUCAAAUAACAAUUUUCAUGGGAAAUACAGUAUUUUAAAAUAUAUUUCUACAGACUAAAACAUAAUAAGACUCUAGUAACCAUAAAACUAUUUUAGAUCAAUUAUUUUACAAAUAAAACAAAUUAAAUAUUGUAACUUAGACAAAUCAGUUGGCGGAAAACUCGAUUCUCCUGAGAGUGAUGACUGAGCUCUGCUGCUCACAGGAGUUUUUUUUUAUAGAGUUAUUUUUCUAAGAAUUAAAAAUGUUAAUAAAAAAAUAUUUGAACACAAACUAAAUAAAAAUUCAAUUAUGCUUUUAUAUCGCAAUAAACAAACUACUCUUAACGGGUGUAUACUUAUUAAUUAUAAUCAUUUCACGUUUAAUCUAAUAUUAUAUCAAGUAAUUUCUUAUGUUCAUUCAAUUUAUUUUUUCCAGCUAUCGAUUUUGAUAAAAUCCAUAAAAAUAUAGUCGUCUUAAUGUAUACAACACGAUUAUGAUGUCAAUAUUGAUCAUCCGGUAUGCUUAACAUCGUUAAAAUAUUAUACGUAUAGUAAUUUUCGUGAGUCAUAUAUUUUAUAUUAUGAAUAUUUCACUUUUAAGUAAUUCUAUCAAAAAAACACUUAAUUUAAAUAUUAAAUUUCCAUGUAAGAUUAAUAAUGUUUGGGACGUUUGAGUGUAUUUAAAACGUAAAAAUACAUGACUACACUUAAUUCUACAGAAUAACUUUACGAGUAUAAGCCGCACGAAUCCGCAACUCGGUCGAUCGAACUUUACUAGCUAUGUAUCGAUUAAUCAUUAAAUGCUAUUAUAACUCCUUUUUAUGAUCAUAAUUAUAUACGCGAAACGCAAUACAAAUUAUAAUUUAUUAUUUGUCUAUACAAACUAACUGCUUGUAAGUUAUUUAUAUACGAUACAGUUUGUAUAAGCGAUAAAUUCGAUCCUCGGAGUAUAUUAAAAUAAUACAUAAAAAAACUUUUUGUGAUACACUUUCGACUGUUUUCAAUAAAACAUUUCAUGUACAUUUUUUUGUACGUCUGUACAUCGGGACGUUUCGUGUGCGAGCAAACUUUUAUUAAAUAGUAACAUGCCUGACGAUGUAUAAACUUUAAUAAAAAAGAAAAUUGAACGGUCACAAAAUUAAAUGUUAGGGAAGUUUAGUAAUCCAUUUUUAAAAAUUGUUCAACAGAGCUAAAUUUCUCUGCAGCCAUAUGGACUGUAUUCAUUUUUACUAGUAUAUACGUUAAAUCUUUUUUUACCUCCCAUAUUAUCCAAUUAAUACUUUACGUUUCACCGAAUAGAUCUUAAUAUUCGAUCGCAUACAUAUAGUUUCGAAACACUAUCAAAUGGUGCCUACCAUUAUCCCAAAAUUCAAAAAAAAUGGAUUAAUAUUUUUCUUCCCGCGUGCCCUUUAUAUAAUAUUUCUGAAGUAGACAGAUCGAAUCUCAUCAACUAUACGCAAGCUUAUGCACGGGGUUGGUUUUUCAGAUAUUUUCAGCGAAACCUCUCAGGUAGUCGUGUUAGUUUGACGCUGUUUAGUGCAUAAUAAACGUCUUUAAAAAUAACGGAAACCUGCGCCGAUGAACGAACAUUUACUUCAGUACUUUGGUUUGAAUAUUGCGUUUAAGAUUACAAUUUUCACCGUAUACGGAACGAAGCCAAUAAACCUCGACGCAAUAAGAAUGUUUAAACCACUCCAUUUUAUGACGAACAAUAGUGUUUAAGUACCUACUUACACUAAAAUACUAGACAUUACGCGCGCGCGUAUUAUCGAAAUACGAAUUAUCGUAAACACUACAAGUCCGCUAUGUCCAUCAUAAUAUACAACCCAACAACCGUUAAUUUAGUGUAAUACGAGAAAGUGUAUGCCUAAAAUAUUAUAGAUCUUUAGGUACCGGAAAGAUAAUACAAGUGACUUGCAUAGUUCCCGCGUGGUACUUAUAUUAUAUAGAUAAGAAUGUGUCGGUGAAAUAAUACAUGGUAUUAACGUUUUAACUUUUAAUUAAAACGGCAAAAUUUGUUAUCGAACAUUUAGACGGCAUUAGGCAAGCCUGUACUUAACUAUAAAAGUAAUUAACAGACAAAAAUAAUACAAGAAAAAUUAAAUAAAAACACAAAUCUUUUAAUUUUUCAGUUUACUCACUCGUAAAAUACUGUACGAUUAAAUGGCAGAUAAACUGCAAUAAUAUAGGCGGUCAUAACAUUAUAAGUUAUAACGUUUAAAUACAGCCCGUGCGUAACGAAAAAUAAAAGAUAAUAUUUCUCAGGUGUAUUAUUUACAUCAUCGUCGUAGGUAAUUUACUAAUUUAAUAAUUUUAAACGCGCUCAAAAAAUUUAUCUCAAUUAAACGUCAUCUUUAAAAAUAAAAAUAUUAAACCGUUUUCGAGCCAUACAAAUUAUACUACCUAGUCUUAUCGCAUGACAAUAAUAUAUUAUGGUCUAGUUAAUCCUCCUUGAUUCUCCUCGGAACAUCAUCAUUCCUUAUAUAUAUAUAUAUAAAUGACUUGCAUCCUACAUAUUUGUUACAUAGUCUACAUACUGUACGCAAUUACUAUAAAUUAAUCAUAGUAUAAUACUUAACUACCCGCCAAGUUUAACGUGGUCACAGAAUUCCUACAUGUACAUAGUAUAAGUAAUUACGAUAUGUAUAUAUAUAUAUUUUAUUGAACGAUAAACCGGAAGCGCUGUACAAAACUCAAAUAAUUAUUUGCGCGGUACGGUAGUCUCGAAAGAGAAAGUUCAAUGUUUAAUUCGUUUUUAUUUUUUUCAAAAACGGAAUACUUAAAUUAGUUAAAUUAAAUUACGGUUCAUAAAUAAUAUAAGUACCUAUUUCGUUUUCUGUUUGUAUCAAAAACCAAAACGAGUAUGAAAUAGAUAGGGCACGCCCGAAGAAGUCAAAACCCAUUUACUUCGUACAAUGCUGGAAAGAAACUCGACACGGAAUAAAAUACUAUUUGAAAUACCAAAAACGACAUAAUCAAUAAAAAUUUGAAAUAUCUAGGAGGAUGAGGAUUAGCUUACACUCAUAUAUUUACAACUUAUGACGAAUACAUUUUCAAACAUUAUUUCAGAGCCAAAUUAAUUUGAUCCAUAUUAAGCCAAACUCAAAAAUUCUCCGAAUAUUUUAAAAAUUAUAUCACGUGUAGAAAGUGUUCAUAUAUUCGGUCAACAUGACACGCUCCAAGAAUAUUUCUAACCGAAUAACAACAAAAAAAUAACAGAAAUCGUUAUUACGUAAAUGUAUUAGUUUUUCCUAGGUUUCCUCACAAAGAAAAUUAAAAAAUGACCACCUUAUCAAUGCACAAACGUCACAAACCAGACGAAAUUUUCUACUAUAAAACCACUCCUAACGAUUGGAGCGAGAUUUCUGGUAAAAAAUUAAUUUACCGAAUGGAAAAAAAUAUACAUCAUAGUAAUCAUAGACAAAACAAUAUUCAUUUUGCGCUCUGCUCAGAAUCUAACGUUAUAAAUUAAAAAGAAGUCGAUCAAUUCAAAUAUGAUUCGUAUGACGAAUUAUGAUUUUUUAUUAUAAUCGAUAAUACCGAUAAUCAAUGUGAUCUUUAUACUUUAAAUUAAUUAUUUAAUCUAUCACAACGUAUUAUAAACUAUCUUAAAUAACUUUAAAAAUACAAAUUAAUACAAUUUUAUUAUACCACGUAAGCACGUAUAAAAAAUAAAAAGCAGAAACGAAAAUAUAACACUAAUUUAUUUCAAUAAUUAAGAACGUUUAGUUUAAUUGAGCUUGCAAAACCACAUACAUAAUAUGGAUUCGAGUUAUUUUUAAGUAUACUUUGCCACUUUAUAACCACGAACCAUUUUUUAACGUUAUAUAAUAUUUUGUUCUGGUUUAAUUAUUAAUUAAAUAUGGCGUAAAUGCGUAAUUUAUAUAUUUUUCCCUUGACGUUAAAAUAAAUUUUAAUUUUAAUCAUUGUUGUGGAAUAGGUAUAUAGUACAGUACCACCCUGUGAUUAAAAAUAAAAAAAUUCUAACCUAAUGCAACAGACUUGCGAUGACACACAUUUAUUUUAAACGAUUUGCAUACAUUAUUUUUCAGUGCAUAGUGUAUGCGAGUUGACUGAACAAGACAGUCUCGAUGAUCGUUUGUCGCAUGCGAACCGUAAAUUAGUCCAGAGAUCAUCGAGAAUGAUUGGGGGUCGAAGCGAAAGACCAAAACUUAAAAGUAGUAGAACCCUUAUAAAUAUGUUGACGAGCAAAGGGACGGACAUGCUACUACACACCGAAUCUUUGUAAGUCAUCGUGAUAUUUAUUAUUAUUCAUAAUAAUUAGACUCAAGUCAAGGCCACGAACUAUUCUUAAGUACAAUAAUAAUACAUAUCUAUGUUCUGUUUGUUGUUUUUUUUUUAUCACAGCGACCACUUUUGGGUGACACUCAGCUCAUUAUACGGCCUGAUACUGGUAAUCCUCAUGUUCGCCAUUUGUCUGAUAGAAGUAAUGGACAAUCCCGUAAAGUUGCUGUCCGUGCAGGGCAUUUAUCUGAUGUACCUGUACCUGGGCAGUAUAGCCGUGAUCAUAUGCAUUUACGUAUGGGUGUUGAUCGAUUCGUGCGUCAGCUUAACGUCCGACGAAUCUGAAAUCGUCACGUCGGGCUCGUCGUCGCCAGGAAUUUUCACAUUGAACCGGUUCAGUUCAUUGAAACAAUUCAGCUCGUUGAAACGGGCCCAUAUUUCACGAGCGAAAACCUCGGACACUAGUUUUUACCUGAGAGUUGGAGCAUUAGGUAAGUUAAAAAUAAAAACCCUCUCUCAAUUAAAUAAGUACAUAUCAUAUAAGAAAUCAUUAUGAUGACGGAACAAAAUUUCUACAGUUUUGCACCUAAGUAUAUUUUUACAUUACGUUGGUUUUUAACUCUAUAUAAUAUGUAUUCUAACUCGGAUUAAGAGGGAUAGGCAAGCAGCCACGUCCUCAUGGCCCAUGCAUCCAUGGGUCCGUUAUGUUAUCAUUAAUGUACAAUAUAAAAUGUUUGUUCAAAAAUUUCUUAGUACGAAAAUAUACAAACUUACAAUUCAUAUAAAGAAGGCCUAUUUGCACGAGUUCUUCCCCGGUAUUUACUGAACUAUACUUAUUAAUCCAGUUUUGAAACAUUGAAAUAUACACUGGUUUCUAAAAAAAAGAAAAAGGUAAUAAUUUAUGUUGCAUUUCUUAUUUUCAGUAUAUGGUUUGGGAACGCUGGUGUUCAAUGGCUUGGAAAUGGCGAUGCACUCCAUGAUGGAUGUCAACUGUUUAAACGACGUCAUAUUCGUGCAUCCCAUACUACACGGGCUAUUUACAUUUUUACAGAUGCAUUUUCUUUUCAUAAAUUCUCAGGUAAAUAUUAAAUUUGUAUACUAUAUAAUUACACUUAUAAUACCUGUACAGAAUAUGUAUACGCAGAAACUAUAUUAUAUAUAAGUGCAGAAACACCGUCUUUAUUACUCGCGGUCACGUUAAAAAAAAAUAUAGGGGUUAUUUUCACGUCCUUCCCCCUGAAUCAUGAUUUCCUAACAAAUAAUAAUUAUAUUUAUUCAUAAUUAUAUUGUCUAAAACACUAAAAACACAAUACAUAAAUACAUAUUCUGCAAUUGUUAAUAAUUAACAUGUUAUAGAGAGAUUUUUAUAAUAAAACACAAUAAUUGUUUAGUAUUAUAAAUUUUAAAACAGUUAUAAUAAAUAUGUAUUUCGAUCAUUUAAAUUUACAUGCUAUUCAAUGAUCGAUAUUUUUAUUGUAAACAAUUCAACUAAUCCUUUGGUUAGACAAUGCCUACGUGAAAACAAUAACUGCCUUUAAAUUAAUUCAUUAUAACAUUAUAACAUUAAUGGUGCGUUACUCUUCCAAAUCACAACUCGUAUAUCAUAACUUAAAUUAUAAUUUGUUAUUGUCUAUAUUUCCGUGUAAUUGGGCCUAGCCCGUAUUGUUGAAAAAAAUACAAUAAAACUCGUAUAGCACUAAUAAUCAACUGUACCUACAAUAAUAUGAAAUAUACUGCCAAUUGAAAAAUUAUCCACAAAUAUAAUUGCAAUUCGUUUCAAUCGGUUCGACGGGAAGAAAUCUAAAACAAUCUAAUAUCGAACAAAAAAAAAAUAUCGGUUAAUAUAAAAUCGAGAAAUAUUUCGGUCAUUUUUGGUACGUACAUUAUAUUAUAAGUAGUCUAAGAUUCUGAAAAACCGAGGAAUGUAUUGUUUUUACUAAGAUACGUUUUCUUUUUGUAUCCAUAAACAACUUUCAACGACAAAUUUGAUCCAAUAAAACACUUGUUAAAAACUUUCUUAUAGCAUUUCUGAUAUAAUUGAUGCACUGAGGUAGUUAUUUUUUGAUUUUUCUGGUAAUUUUCUUAAUAGAUAAGAAAAACAAACAAUUUUUUAAAUAAUUUUCGUUGAUUUCUGGGUUACUUCGACAACGAGAGGAAAAAUACGACUAUAAUACUCAGCUCAUAAUCGUGUUUUGUUAGGAAUGGUACCUUACAGAUAUAAAUUUAAUUACUUUAUUCUCAAUAUUAUGUUCUCCCUUUAAAUUUCUCUUCAAUAACAUUACACAACCAGUAACAGUAUCAGCCUUUUUAAACAUUGAAAACCUACCUGUAUCAACUAUAUUAUAUUAUUAUGUUCCGUUUCGCGCGUUAUCAUUGAAGAUUUUUGAACGUGAGAUUAUAUAUAUAUGUUAUAAUACCUUGAUGGUAUACAUUUUGGUAAGUACGAUUCUUUUUUAAUUCUUAUUAAAGUUGAAUGCAUGUACCUACAACAAAAAUAAAAAUACAGUACAUUAUUCUAUUAUGGAAUGUAAUUUAUAUAAUAUUUUCUCGGUUACAAUAAACUCACAACAACCGUGGUCCAUGACGGUAUAUAAUACGCAUCGUGUGCACAGCAGGAAUCACGCACCACUUGCCCCAGACGAUUAAAUAAUAAUCGUCGUUCAUCCUCAUUCAUCGUGUAUACGCUUUAUGAAAAUCAAAAUUAUCUUUAUUUUAUUUGUUUAAGAUUUUCUAAAUUACAUACACAUUCAGUCUAAGCGUUAUUAUUUCGCAUUUUUAUGUUUGUGUGGUUAAGGCCAUCCCUACGUGCUUUCACCACGGCUGAACAGGCCCACUAUUUUAUAGAUACAGUAAAAAAAGGACAUCUUCGCACGAUGGGUGCAGCCACUAAUGUUGUUGGUGAAAAGUUAGAAAGGUAGGAUAUAGAGAUUAGAUGGAAAAUUAAUUUGUAUCUGUAAGCAACGAUAAACCAUUGCUUAUUAAAAAUUGAAUAUCUCCGGAGAUAAUAAACAUAACCAAAUUCUGUAUUUUUAUAUUACUCUCAGGAAAGAGGACUACAAAUAUUUAUAUUUGAAUUAUUAUUUUUCUUACUAAAAAAAUUAAAUAAUAACUUUUAUUUUAUUAUUUUCGAAAAAUUUUAAGAUAGCCAUUCUGUAAAGAUUAUUUUUCUGAAAAUUUUAAUGUAUCACACAUUUAUAUCCGAUGAAUAGUUUCUAAAUAACAGCCACUAAUGAAAACCGAUAUUACCUAUGGAAUAACCUAAGACUUUAACCAUGUUACGCCGUGUUAAUUAUAAUUUUAAUAAAAUUUUAAAUGUACAAACCUAUUUUAAAAAUAAUAUCUUAUAUCAAUCCAUUUUAGAUAUUAAAUAAUAACCAAAUGAUUUAUAUUUCUUAACUAUGUCUAAUAAUAACCGCAUUUAAAUAAUCUCUCCUAUUAAAAUAAAUUAUUUCUAUGUAAAACGAACAAUUUGUAUAAUUUUUUUCUAUGUAUUCCUUCAUUUAAUUUUUUAUACUCAGUCGCGUUUUACACUUUGACUGUGGUAUACCUGAUGAUGAAUUUUUAAUUCGAAACCUGUCGUAAAAUAAACUUGUCACAAUACUUCAGCCUUCAGGCGACGUAUUUAUACGUUUAUUUAUUUUUAAUUUUUAUAUAUACAUUUUUUAUUUAUAUAUUUAUUUACGAGUAUUGACCAUUUUAAUAACUUUGUAUUUACUUUAUUAUUUUAUUAUAAUAAUUUGUUGAACUUGGUUACUCAAAUUCUUUCUUGGCCACGUUUAUAUUAUAGGUGUUGGUUGAAAGGUUCGGGUUGGCGGCCAGAUUCGGAUUCAUGCACUUGGCCGCCACAAACAUAGCCUUGUGGGUGCGGUUGGUGGUCUGGGAGAGCGGUAUCGAAUGGAUUUACUUCAUCCAUUUGGCGCAAACCUCGAACGUGGGAAUGUCGGCGACUUCGUAUGAGUCCAGCGUUCCGACUCCACUAGAACUGCGCGGAUAUCCGAGGUUUAUCACCUCAAGACACACACGAGACCUGAAAACGGGUAUGUGCAAUCGAUUGUCACAUUCAGCAAUACGUCAGUUAAAAAUAAAUACAUGAAUUGUUUUGAAAACUAUAAACGCUGUCGAAAACGUAUUAUAGAUACGCCAUCCAAUUAUAUACAUAUACAUAUCUUUUUCAAAAAAAAAAAAUAAUAAUAAAAGUGAGUUUUAAUUAACUCGCGUGCCCGUAUGUAUAAAAACGAUAAUUUAUUCUACACGGUCGUAAAUUCGCGUGCAUCAAAAUAAAUACAUGCAUUUCAACAGGUUUUUCAUGUAGGCAUGUAAAAGUAUUUCCCACCUGUAGUAUUAAUUUAUAUUUAAAUCUAUUGAAAUAGAUUCAUCAUAAAACAUUUGAUGGUGAUUUUUCUGAUUUUUGAAAUAAUAUACACGUAAUAUUUCUAUACGUGAUGCGUUUCAGAUUUUAACGGAACGUUCAGGAAUUCGGUCUAUCAGCCGGUGUCCGAGGAUCAUGUAGCACAAGUAGUGACACUCCAUCAUUGUCUAAACACCAAUUCGCUGGGUCAGCUGCUGACGUCGUCUAUGCCAUAUCUUUACCCGUUCAUUGUGCAAUUCAGGUACGAUAUCUUAUACUUAUUCUUGUUUUAGGAGGUGGUAACCAAUCACAUAUUUAACCGGUUGAGCUUGUAAAAAAGGAACUUUUUUUUUGCUCAUAAACAAAACUAUUAUUUUUGUGUUUGAUUAGUUAUUCAACUAAACUUUGAUAGGUAAGUAGGUCGAUUUAGCUGGUUAUGAUAUUUUUAAAAAUGUUAAUUUCAAUCAACCGAAAAUUUGAUCAACCCCAGUGGCACACACUAAAAGGUUAGGAGGUCAGAACCACCUUCCUCGGAAAUGUCUUCCUUCGCUAAAUUUUUUUAAAUAAAGUUUUACAUUCAGCAACAUAAUAUCUUAUAUCACAGAAUAAAAUAAUGAAAAUUAAUAUCAUCAAAUUACUUCACCAUUUAUUCGAUAAUAAUAGUAAUUAUAGUACUGUACUGAUUAUACGUGUUAACUCCUUUCUAGGAAAUAAUUAUAAGUACGACUAUCUCUUCCUUAAAAUGAAAUUCUACGUGCGCUACUGGCCGACGAAAGUACACAAGUUUAAAGAUGCAAGGUUCCCCUUCAUCCCUGUAUUAGUUUCAUCCCAGCUAUAGAAUUCGCUCGUAUUAUUAACUCACUCUCACCCCUCCCCAACAAUCGAUUUAUACGAUUUUAGAUUAUGAUAUAGAUAUGCUUUUUUUUGAUCUGUGAAUACAUUUUCUACCAGAAAUUUUGCUCUGAUCAUCAAUCUUAGGAGUGAUGUCUGGUAACAAAUUUUAUCUAGUAGGUAUACUGUGGAAGUAUUUUUUUGAUUUUCCUUUUGGUUUUCUAAAUGAAAAAAACGGGAAAAUGUACACAACAACAGUUUCUGUUAUUUUCAAUCUUUUAGAUUCCAAGCGUAACGAGGAAACUAUUGAUUUUACAAUACUGUUAAUUUCUUUUUAGAUUCCGAGCGUAGCAGGAAGCUAUUGAUUCUACUAAGAUGUUUAUACUUUUUUCUUCUUUUAGUCUGUGAACUCGUUUUUUACUAGAAAACUUGCUCCGAUUUUUACGUGUCAAAACUUUUCUGAAAGCUCAAGUUGUCUAGAUUGUACUUACUGUAAGAAAACGAACAAUUUCACGAUUUCAUAAUUUUAUAAAAACACGGACGACGUUGUCUAUCAUAAAAAAUGAUUUAAUCAAAAAUCACAAAAUACCUUUUUUGUUGCUUUUUCAAUUUACUUUCUUGCGGUAUCAUCGCCAAAACUUUUGAGCCACUUUUGAGCUUUUAAGGAAUUUUAAUUUUUGGAAGUUGCUUGUUGUAAUUUGGUCAUAAAUUCAGAUAAAGACUUUAAACUUGGUAAUAAUACUUAUAUUAGACUUACAUAGAUGUGGUAAAAUUUCCAAAAUAAUCGGGGGAAUUUUUUUCCUUUUUUUUAAUUUUUUUUUACAAUAGAACUUUAUUUUUUUUUUUUUGUACUGUAGACAACUACAGUAACUUUUUAGCACUUUUUCUGAAAGUCAAUUUUAUCUACUUGGUAAAUGCAUGGAUCAUUUUUUGAUUUUCGAAAUAGUAUUCAAAAUAAAAACGAUUAACCGAGAAAAAAAUUACGAUUUUUUCACGAUUUCGUUAUUUUAAAUAAGUACCUACCACGUUUUCUAUCAUAAAUAUGGCUCCAAUUGAAAAAUGACAAGAGACCUUUUUUGUUGAAUUAUUAAUCUUGUUUUUAAUGAUGCAGUUCGUUUUUUUGAUUUUUAAGUUAAAAAAAAUUACGGUACUUCAAAUUAUGUAUUACCAAACUGCGCUCGGGGAAUCGUCUUUCGUCAGCAAUGAUUUAUCAUUGCUUACAGAUAUAAAUAAAAUAACCUUAUGUAUCCUACCUUCCCAACUUCUCACCUACAACAGUAGCCGCACCCGUCACCAAUAUCAGCUCUUUUUUUUUUGGUGUGUUACGAUUGCGUACGGAUCAUUUUCACUAUUAUGAUUACAUUCGUUUUACCUAACUAAAUUUAGUGAAACGUUGCCGUUGCAUGUUCACAAGCGUGAACUUUGUAAAAAUGUGUAAAAUAACUUAUUUUAAGAAAAACCUUUGGUUAACUAAUCUUUAAGUUUGAUAAACUUGAUUGUGAUUAUUGUUUCAACGACUACUAUUUCAACACUAAAAUUAUCCAAAAAAUUAAUUACCCACUUAUAAUAUAUUAAAUUUUUUUAUCAGGGACUGGUUAUCGAUACCAAGGUUUUACAUCAUAAUGUAUUUGUUUAUUAAUUUAUAAUAAUUUUUAAUUGGUUAUACUAUUGGUUUAAACUAUUGAUGUUAAUAGUUUUAAUUCAAAAUGAUGUUAUUAUUAUUAUAAUUAUUUGCAUUUUGUAUAACAUAAUAUCUAUAUAUAUUCCAAAAGUGUAAUUUAUAAUUUGUGCUUGUAUGAUAUGUUGUCUUUAAUUGACUAUACACUAUAUUGUAUUUUUUCAAUAGAACCUGAUAAAAUAUUACUUAAAAUAAUGUUUUAUUAAUUUACGCACAGUUUUUACUUUACAGUUAAUUUACUAUAUUUACUAAAAUUUUUAAAAAUUAAAUACGAUAAGGAUCAUCAAGUUGUAUAUCGUGGUGAAAACUGAAAAGAGUUGAGCGUAAUAUAGUUUUUUUUUUAUUAUUAUUAUUAUUGUUUUAGGUCCAAAUUUCAAUAAAAAUAAUAUAAAACAUUUUUAAACAAAAUAUUUAUAUAUAAUUAAAUAAAAGUCAUAAAAUCCCAAAUAUAUAAAAAUAAUUAAUCUCACGACCAUUCAAAACAUGUUUAAUCGAACUUCGUUCAGAAUCAUUUUUCGAUAGCAAUGAUGUGUACUCCUUACUAAUAUAGUGGCCCACUCGUCAGCAAUAUCGGCUAAUUUAUUUCCAUUUUGUAACGUUAAAUAAAACAAAUAUUUUUGAAAAUCGGGCGCUCUGUAAAAUACGCUUAUCAUAGUUUGAUAGCCGCUGGAGUGACGUACGUGAUGGGCAAGAACGUGGGCGUUUGUCAGGCUAGACCGGUAAAACGGGACCAUCACCCGCAGAAAUCGUCGGCGAUGACCAAGGACCAGAAAGACGCCCAGCUCAGCCGGUUAUACGUGUCCCGGGGCGUGAGCUUUUCAGGCGCCAACAAGGGUCUAUUCCUAGGACUGCUCACGCUGGUCAUGGUCAUUGUGGUGGUCAUUAUAUUCCUGGUACUCAAGGACGACGUGGAUUUCGCAUCAGACACCCUGUUCUGGAUAACGUCUGGUACAUUGACAGCCAUUCUAUCGGCAAGCACGUUGCUAGGCUGCGUGGGUCUCUAUCAGAUCCGCAAGCUGUGCCACAAUGGCGACGAUCUGACCACGUUGGACGAUAUACUGGCCACAAUAUCCAGCGCCGGCAUGGUGCUUUACGCACUGUUUAGUACGACCGUAGGCUUUGUUGGCCUAAUGACCUCGGAGCCCGGCAGCGCUGACCAACAGCUUGACCUCAUACUGACCGUCGUCAAUGUGCUGCAACUAGUUCAAAUGGCCGUCCAGAACUCUCUGAUUGCCGAAGGUUAUAGGAGGAGCUCUUGGUCAAGGCACCAGCUGUUCACCAAACCCGGGCGUCAGGUAUAUUUAUAACAAAAUUAUAUAUUAUCCCCGCCUCUUAUAAAUUAAUUCAGUGAUUCAGUGGCGUCAUUUCAAUAUUUUACUAGACUGAGACAAAUUUCCAAAAAUUUUCAACUGAACGAUUUUAAUAAUAAUAAGUUUAUUUUAUUUUAGCAGUUAGAUUAGGAAUGGGUUUCGCUAUGCUCGAAUAGUUGAUCGGAUAUUUACUUCUAAUAAUUCUCAAUAAAUUUAAACAACAGAAAUACCGACUAUUGAAACGAAUUGAGGCGCUAACCGGGACUGCUAAGUGUAUAAGUUGACCCACCAUAACGGAUAAAGAAACGAUGAAACGUGAGUUUCUACGUGACCCUCGUUUGCAUAAAAGGUUAGGUUAGGUUAGGUUAGGGUACCAUCUUAACUAACUACCUAGAUAUAUUAAUUCCUACAUGGUUAUCUAAAAGUGCAUAAUAUUAUGUUUUAUCAACUCCUACGCGCUUAUAAAUAUUAGGCAUGCACUAUAUAAAGUGAUCUACAUAACAUAAGACACACAUUAUUUUGGAAAAUAUUAACAUUUGUUUUUUAGAUCAUUUAAGAAAUAAGUUGCUCUAAAAUAUUACAUUAAGAUUAUUUUUGGUCAUUUUUCAACUAAGGGAUGAAACAACAACCUACUUUUGAUUUUAAAAUGGGAACCUAAAUUGAAAAUUCCCUAAGUACAUGGAAUAUUAGUGAAAACAAGUGAUAAAAUGUUUUAUUUCCGUCAACACAUUAACGAUAUAUUGGACUUUUAAGUUUAGAUAAGGGAAGAAUGGUGGAAAACUAUUAAAAUGCCACUCACCGUGCCGCCACACAAAUGAUGCACUACUAUAUUCUCCUCCCCACCGUCGAAACUUAAAAGUGGAAUAAUUUGUCAACGGGUUGACGGAAAUUGAAAAUGUCAACACCAAAAUUGAUUUAAACUAAUACUUCGUCUAUUUGAGGAAUUUUUACCAUAGUUUGCCAUUUGAAAAUCAAAAGUAGAUAAGCAAUAAUUUCAUCACUAAAAUAACGGUGAAAAAAAGAUCAUGUAACAUUUUAGAGCUAAUUACUUAUUUCUUUAAUGUUCUAAAAAACAAAUUCUGAAAGAUGUUAAUACUUUUCGAGAUGAGUUCCUUACGUUAUGUUGAUCAUCCUGUACAUGUAAUUUUGCUGUAAAAUAUUUUUGUAACUUCAUGUAUGAUAAUUUCGGAAUUACUAUCAGGGACAUUUUUGGACAUUUUGGAUACGGCUCUGUGGAACAUAUUUUAACCUCCCUCCCCCGGUAUGCCAUAUAAUGUUUCAUAUUUCACAUAAUAUAUACCUAUAAAGUAUAGGUACUUAGUUAUUAUGUAUCUAUAUACAUCAUUUUGUUAUAUUAUAGUGUAAACAUAAAAUAAAUUAAGUUUGUUUUGUAAAUUGUAUUGGUUGUCAAUACAUUUUUUUAUGUUUUAAGCAUAUAGUCCUUUAAUCUAGUCCUUCAGUCUGAACUUAACAUUUUUUGUGAAUGGGUUAAGCACCUUGGUUUAACUCUUAACGUCGACAUAUGCAGUGUCAUGUCAAUUACCAAAAGAAAUAUGGGUAUAAACUCUUGGUAAGACCCUCUUAUGUACCAAUUUUAUUAUUAUUUUUUUUUUUUUUAUUUAGAUUUUUAUUUUAUGUACCUACAUACUUGUAGAUUCAUAACAAUUUAUUAUUUUAUAAACAAGUAUAUUGUUUUUAAUAUAAGUAAGUUGCCAUCGAAUGGCAUAACAUCUAUGUCGACAAGGAUAGAUAUAUUUUGUUAUUUGUAUAGGUUAUUUUUUUUACUAAAAAAAAAAAAAAAAAUACAAGACAAAAUAUUGUGACGCCCUACAAUUUGCGGACUGAAACUACAGCCUACCUUCACUCUUCCCCUUUAUUCAAGCCCCAAUUAAAGUGCUUAUCCCCCGAUCGAAACCAAUCUAUAAUAGCACUUUAACAAGAUUUUUUAUUUCAUCCCCUCCUUCCCACUCCCGUGGGAUUUACCUGAAGACACAUCUGAUAUAGGAUAAACACCUACCUAACACCCAUAAUUUCAAGUCUGACCCUUCCCCUGAUUGUAAAACAGUAAAUAUUAUUAUGGUUUAAUGUUUCAUGUAUCUACCGUAUGAUAAAUAAUAUAGAUCAUCACGUACCUGCUAUGCAGUAACAUCGGUCUGUGGAUGUUCGACUCGUUCAUCACGCAGAGUUGGGUCAACCAAGAACGUCAGUUGCGGUUCAUGGGGCUGCUCUCUUGGGGACUGCUGUCCAGGAUAUCAUUACCACUGGUGGUUUUCUAUAGGUUCCAUUCAGUAAUAUUGUUAUUACAGAUUUGGCAAAAGUCGUACAGCUGAAUUAUUUCCAUUUUGUGAACUGUAGUGAUUCGUCGUAUAAUACGCACAGGCGGAGAUCUAUUGAAAUAUGUUUUAGGAUACCUACCUAAAAUUACCUACCAAUUUCCAUUGUUUGGCCAAAAAUGUUUUCGAAUAAAUACUUACCUACGAAUAAAGUUUAGAAGCCUAAUAAAUAUAUAGGUAUAGGCAGUGGCGUAUUUCCAAUAUUUUUGUUUGGGGGUUUAAAAAUUUUCUAAAAAGGAUGAUUUUUUUAUCAUGAACCAGUUAUCUCAGAAAUACGAUAUAAACUGUAAAUCUGAUACAAAUAUUAUGCAUAUCAAAAUUUCAAAAAGUAAAGGUAAUAAAUGAAUAAUGGUUUUAAAAUAAAGCUCAAACAUCUCUGCAGAGAUUAAAAAAUAAUGGAAAUCAAAUUCACUAAAAAUCUUCCGAGAUAAUUACUGGUUCAUGGUAAAAAAAUCAUCCUGUACAAAUCAAUGUUAUCUUUCUCUAUACCUCCGUAACAAAUCACUUAUGACUUUUGAACCAAAUUAUUUUGGUUGAGACUCCCCCAACAAAAAAAAAAUUAAAAAAAUACGCCACUGUGUAUAGAAAACCGUUAUAGGUAACGCUAACAAUAAAUGUACGAAAAAUAAUAUGAAGUUUUACGGUCUUACAACCGAUAACUGAGAUUUGGUCAUCGGACGGACAGCUAGAUCCGCCUUUGAACUCCGGGUACCUAUUAUUUUUCAAUUUUUAGAACGGUUGUAUUAAUUUGACGCUUCAAAACUGAAAUUUAGUACCAGGAAUUCAUAAGAAGUCAGCGAUUCGUUGGAUAACGUUUGGACGCCAAGAUGAUGCUGUAGGACGAAGGCAUUAUAAUGUACUUAUUACAUAAAUAUUUUUAAUCCCCGGGUAUUAAUUAACUUGAGAACUAAAAUUAUUUUGUAAAUCAUUUAUCAUUUUUAAUGAACAUUUUAUGAUUCUAAACUUUAUUUUUACGUUUUAUGUUUUAUUUGAAAACAUAUUUCUAUCUAGCGCUGCUAAUGUUCUUUUUUGUAACUACCUACAACACUUAAUAAACUGAAUGUUACGGAUUAUUUUAUAAUAUCAAUAAGUCAAGAUUUAUAAAUGUACCUACUUACCAGGGUUGCCAACUAUUCAAUUUAAAAAAUCGGGACUUUUUCCUAUACGAGAAAAUUGUAUUUUAAUUUUAGUAUAAUAAUUUUGAGCAUACCAUAAUAUUAUGUCAUACUUUCUAUUCGUUUUUGUGAAAAGCUAUUUGCGUAGUGUUGCACAUUCGAUUUACCUCCAUGAGAUAUUACGUCUUUCCUACGUAAUUUACAAUGACCAUACAAAUUGUUAUUUUCUGAUUUUUGAAGCCGGUUAUUAGAACUUUAGCACAUUUCACGAAAAGUACCAAGCCUUUUUUCGAUGGAGUACUCUGUUCUCCAGGGUCACUCAUUUUAUAUGAUUAUAAUUUAGAUACACACCAAUUACAAGAAAACAUGAAAAUAAACAGCACACUGACGGCUCAUUCCAAAAUAAUACAUUUGUGCGCGUAUCAACGAAAUGAUUACAUAUUGAAAAAAAAAAAAACAGAUAAAGUAAUAAUAAUAAUUCAAGCACGCACUUCUUUACAGCAAUCGAUCGGAUAACGACCAUUGAUACCAUUUUUCAACAGUUCCAUCGUUUAUACAAAUGUGGAAAAGAUAUUAUUAUACAAUUUAUUAUUUUCCCUUUAUCCUGGGAAAAAUUAGACCUGCAACAACAUUGAUCGCGGGAAAAAGAAAAACACAGAUAAUUAAUGUCCCACUAAAAUCGGGGCGGUUGGCAAUCCUGUUACCUACACAUUUUUUCUAAACAAGUACCCAACUAUACAGUUUCAGUUCUUACACUAUUUAAGAUCCAUUUUAAGGGGAGUGAGGGGGUUAAGCUACCUAAUUUCCGCCCGUGCGUUUACGAUGUUUGUAUAAUAUGUACCUACUUGUGUAUUAUUAUUUGUAUAAAAAUUAUGAAAUUACUAAUUACAAUUUAAGAUAUGCAAUAUUGUAUUAAGUAGUAUUAUUAUUUAUUACAUCAUUGAAAUAAAGGAAC